CAAGAAUUGAUAUUUACACAACCUAUCGUCAAAGUUCAGAUAUGUCCUUCUUCGUGGAAAAAGACCAAAGACUUUCGAUGCCCAAAGUCCCAUUAGUACUGAAGAUCUGAACAUUUCUUCUUCUUCUUCUUCUUCUUCUUCUUUCUUCUCAGUUCGUCUAAAUUUAAAAUCCUUGAUUCCCUUGGUUAUAUAUAUUAAUCUCACGAUUCUCACUCCUCCUCCGGCAUGCUGAUUGAUUUUUUCUGCUAGAAAAAGUGGAAAAUAUGGCAGGUGGUGGAGGAGCAACCUCUGUACGCUCCUUGCUGGAAACACCCACUUGGGCUCUAGCAACCGUUUGCUUCAUUUUUAUCUUCCUGUCCUUGGUCAUCGAACACUCGAUCCAUCUAAUUAGCCAAUGGCUCAAAAAACGCAGAAAGAAUGCCCUGUUUGAAGCUGUGGAGAAGCUAAAAACAGUGCUUAUGGUUCUGGGAUUCAUGUCUCUGAUAUUGACAGCAACUCAAGGAUUAAUCAUCAAAAUAUGCAUCCCCAACAAAUUAGCAACCACCAUGUCGCCAUGUCGUCGGAGCUCAACCAAAACUUCCAAAGCAUUACAAGAAAGAUUUCUGGCAGCUGCUGCUGAUGAGAGCAGUUCUGGAUCUUCAGAUUACUGUAGCUCCAAGGGAAAGGCAUCUCUUAUAUCAGAAGAUGGGAUCAAUCAGCUCAAUAUCUUCAUAUUUGUAUUGGCAGUAAUGCAAAUUGUGUACAGUGUUCUCACCAUGGCCUUGGGAAGGGCAAAGAUGAGGCGUUGGAAAGCCUGGGAGAACGAGACUCGGACAGUGGAAUAUCAGGCUGCUAAUGAUCCUAAUAGAUUUAGAUACACAAGACAAACCACAUUUGGUCGCAGACACAUGAGUUCUUCGGCAACAACUUCUCCCCAACUGUGGACUAAAUGCUUCUUUCGUCAAUUCUUCAACUCAGUCGCCAAAGUCGAUUAUCUCACUCUUCGCCAUGGCUUCAUCACGGCUCAUUUGUCCAAUAAUUAUAAUUCCUUCAAUUUCCAAAAGUACAUACAACGAUCAUUGGAGGAUGAUUUCAAAGUUGUUGUUGGCAUCAGUCCCUUCAUGUGGUUUAUGGUCGUCAUCUUCAUGCUCUUGGACGUGCAUGGUUGGCAUGUGUAUCUCUGCGUAUCAUUCCUCCCAUUGAUUAUAUUGUUGAUUCUUGGAACAAAACUGGAAGUAGUGAUAGCAAAAAUGGCUCUCCAACUCAAAGAUCAGAGUAAUGUAAUCAAGGGAGCCCCUCUAGUGCAACCAACUGAUAGUCUCUUCUGGUUCCAUCACCCAAAAUUUGUAUUGACGCUUCUUCAUUGUACUUUGUUUAUGAAUGCAUUUGAGUUUGCUUUCUUCGUUUGGGUUACGUUACAAUUCGGGAUAAAUUCUUGCUACCACGAACACACAGAGAUCAUUGUUGUUAGGGUUGUGUUAGCGGUGACGGUUCAAAUCAUGUGCAGCUACAUAACUCUUCCUCUAUAUGCUCUAGUAACCCAGAUGGGAACAAAAUUCAAGAGUCCAGCACUAGAAGAACAAACAGCAAACAUUAUACGACAAUGGCAUGCAAGAGUGAAGCAGAACAGAGAAAAACAACCAGUUUCACCUUCUGUUAGCUCCAUUCCAUCUCCUAUAUCAACUGGUAAAAGAACCAUGGAUUGCCAUGAUUUCUAUUCCUAUAACCGAAUGGCUUCUCCUGAUUUCUCAUCCCAUAACAGAAGACCAUCUUUUCCAGAAACCUUUGCGUCUCCAUCUCAAUCUGAGAUUGUUGCAAAUGAUCAAGAAAUUGUUCCAUCCAGUCCACUGUAGUUGAAAUAUACUUGCCUAGAAAUCAAAAAUAGAUCCAGCUACAGUAUUUAGAAAAUUAGAUUAGAACAUUCAAGAGGUUUUGAAAAACUGGUUAUUAGUGGUUCUGUAUAUUUGUAGUUCAAAAAUACAAUAUUCUAUAUAAUAGUGCUGUAAAUUAGUAUAAAAUAUUAUUAAAAAUUUUAGGUUA